AUGGGGUACAAAAAACCUAGACUGAUAUUUUCGGCUGAACAAGAAAAACAACUCUCUGAUUAUGCUGUUCAGGCAGCGAAAAUAUUUUAUGGUAUCAGUCCAAAAGAAAUGAGGAAUAUAGCUUAUGAAUUUGCUAUUGCCAACAAAGUUCCUGUCCCUGAGAAUUGGGUUGCUAAUAGGCAAGCCAGUAAUGAUUGGUUUACAAAGUUUAUGCAGCGCAACGAAAAUGUUUCCAUUCGAGUUCCUGAGGCCACCAGCUUAAGUCGUAGUACAAGCUUCAAUAAACAUAAUGUCGAUCUGUUUUUUCAAAACCUGGAGUUAGUGUUGAAUCAAAACAAAUUUACAGCUAAUGACAUUUGGAAUAUUGACGAGACAGGGACUGGAACUGUUCAAAAACCGGUGAAAAUUAUCGCACAGAAAGGCGAGAAAAGAGUUGGAGGUAUGACUUCAGCCGAGAGAGGGACUAAUGUGACUAUGGUUCUAGCUGUAAAUGCAGAGGGAAAUUCAGUUCCUCCAAUGUUUUUAUUCCCUAGAAAGUUUUACAAGGAUCAUUUUGUACGUGAUGGACCAGUAGGUUGCUGUGGCACUGCUAAUCCAAGCGGUUGGAUUACAGGCCCUGACUUUUUGUUUUACAUGAAACAUUUUGUCAAAAAGGUUAGGUGCUCAAAAGAAUCACCAGUGUUGGUGUUGCUCGACAACCAUAGUGCUCAUCUGCAUAUAGACGUUCUUGACUAUUGCAAAGAGAAUGGCAUUACUCUCCUGUCGUUUCCUCCCCACACAACAAACAGACUUCAACCACUCGACGUCUCUGUUUUUGGUCCAUUUAAGAAAUUAUUCAACGAUGCUAUGUGUGGGUGGAUGAAAUGUCAUCCUGGAAACACAAUCUCUAUUUAUGACAUCCCAACUAUAGUGAGAACAGCAUUGCCAAAAGCGGCAACGCCAUCAAACAUACAGGCAGGAUUUCGCUCUACUGGAAUAUGGGAAUUCAAUAAACAUAUUUUUACUGAAGAAGACUUUCUAUGUUCUUCAGUAACCGACCGUCCAUUGAAUAGCCCUAUUGUAGAAGUGGGCCAAUGUGAGGUUGAAGAAGGUAGGCCUAGAGAUGAUGCCACCAUUAGGGAAAUGGAAGAGUCUCAGCAUCAGCAAGAACCUCAACCCAGCACAUCAUAUGCCAACCAACCAUGUCCAUCUAAUGCCCAGGUUUUGUCAGUCAGCCCUAUGGAUAUAAGACCUCUACCAAAAGCUGGUCCACGCAAAAGUCAAAAACGCAAGAGCCUAAAGUCUGCAAUUCUGACAAGCACACCCGUUAAGGAGAACAUUCGCAUAGAAGAGAUGAAGAGGCGAGAAGAGACGUUGAUGGUUGACGGUGUCAAAGGCACGGGAAAGAUCACAAAAUAUGCCCGCAGUAUCACUGCCAGAGUCAACAGAAGAGAAGGCGGUAUUAAGGAAAUCAUUUAUCGCGUGAGUGGUUGA